AUGCGUGAAAGUGCGCGAGCUAAGACGAAGAAGGCCUCUACCAAGCUCCGGACGCAAGAGACCACAAUGGUGGAACGCAAGGCCGGCGACCGGGCGGCGGGCUCCGAGGACGACGAGGACGGCGGAAGCCUUCUGCGCAUGUCCGAGAACUCGCUCAACCUGUGCCUGCUGGGCGCUGCGGCCGGCGGCAUGACCCUGGGCUGGCACAUCCGCAACCACGGCGUGUCGGCGCGCCUGCUGCAGCUGAUGGACUUCCCGGGAGAGCUGUACAUGCGCAUGCUCGAGUGCCUGGUCAUGCCCGUGGUCGCGUCCAGCAUCGUCGCGGGCCUCGGCAGCGUCGACAUCAUGCUGGCCGGACAGAUCGGGCUGCUCGCCAUGCUCUACUUCGUGGUGGCCACCGGCAUGGCGUCGGCCAUAGGUAUCGGCGUAGCGCUGGUGCUGGGCCCACAGAACGAGCCCUGCUUGCGGCGUCAGGUCAACCAGAUUGACGGCUUCCUAGACCUGCUCAGGAACCUCUUCCCCGACAACUAUCUCGCAGCUUGCCUCCGCUACUCGCGCACCUACAUCGCUCCGCAAAACGACAGUGGUCUGGUGGACGAGGAGAACAUUUUCCUGAUGAUGAGUGAUCGGACCAACAUCCUGGGCCUGCUGUCCGUGUCGGUGAUGCUGGGCGCCGUGCUGUCGGUGACGGCGAGCGAGUCGGACUCGCUGCUCAACCUUUUCGUGGGCCUGAGCAACGCCACGGUCACGGUGUCCCAACUGACGGCCUGGGUGUCGCCCGUGGGCGUGUUCUUCCUGGUGGCCACCCGGCUGUCGCAGACGAGCGAGCUGGACCACGCGUUCGGCGCCAUGCGCAUGCUCCUGCUGGUCAGCGUGGCCGCACUGGCCGCCUACGGCCUCGGUCUCCUGCCCGUCUUGUACGUGCUCGUCACCAGAAAGGACGCUCGCCACUUCCUCCGCAUCACAUGCGUUCCGGCGAUGAAGGCGUUCCGCUCGGCGUCGCGCACCGAGAGCGUGCCGGGCACGAUCGAGGCCCUGGAGGACCUGGCCGGACUGGAUCCGCGCGUCGUGCGCUUCGUCAUCCCCGUGGGCGCCAACGUGAGCAUGUCCGGCUCGGCGGUGGUGGCCGCCGCCACGGCCGUUGUCAUCGCCCGACUCGACGGCAUCGAUCUGGGAGCCGUCGAAGCGUUCAUCAUCGGGUGAGAGCAAGAAUAUU